AUGAGUUCAGAAGGCAGAGAGGUUGAUGCUGAAGUUGAAGUUGAAGACAAUAGCAAUGCGAAGAUUUUGGAGGAGUUCAAGAGCACAUUAGACGGGCUCACGUUCAAUUCUAGGCCAAUAAUUACGACUUUAACGCAGCUGGCAGAAGAAAACAUGAGUUUAGCGCAGGAAUUUGUUGGUAUGGUGGAGAAUCGGGUGGAAAAGUGUGUUCCAAGCCAAAAACUAUAUGCAUUUUAUGUGAUGGAUUCUAUUUGUAAAAAUGCUGGAUCGCCGUACACAAUAUACUUCUCGAAGAACUUGCAUAAGCUAUUUAGGAAAGCGUACUUGCUUGUGGACAAUCAGACUCGUACGAAGAUGAUAUCGAUGUUCAAGACGUGGCUGGUUCCAUUACCGGCUGGGGAUUUGAUGUUUGAUCAUAGUUCGUUGGAGAGUAUUGAGAAGUUUUUGAUCAAAGCGAGUGCAUUGCACCAGAAGAGUGCUAUGUUCCCGCAGCAUUCGCAUCGUGGCAAUAGCCCGGGUGCUCCUAGGAUGGGUGAUGGGCCUUCUGGUGCAAUAACCGUUCGGUCGUUGUUAUCUGAUAUCGAUAAGCUUGCGUUGAUUACCCAGUCGAAGCUUGUUGGUGUGCCUUCGGAUACCAAGUUGCAAGCGAAGGUGGCUAUUUUGAAGCAGUUGAGACAAGAGCUCCAAAAGGAGCAGCUGGCACCCGAGUUUUUGUCGCAGGUGCACCAGCAGUUGAGACAGAUUUUCGCCCAAGAACAACAGCAGCAGCAACAGAUGGAGCAGCAGCAAUACCAACAGCAACAGCAGCAGCAGCAGCAGCAGCAGCAACAACAGCAACAACAGCAACAACAGAAAGGAAAUUCCCAGUUUCUGCCGCCCUCGGAUAGAUUUGGUGCUGCUGAUAGUAAUAAUGGUAAUAGUAAUAACAACAACUCGAUGUUCGGAGGAAGUCUUCAGUUUAAUGCUCCGUUCUUAAACCAGCUUACAAAUUCCAACAAACGUAACAAAUUGUCUUCAUUGGUCUCCAGCUUGCGUGAGAAGCAGCUCUUGUAUGAACCAUCGGAAAACUCCAUAGUAACGCUCGCAAAUAAGCUAGAGUCGGAACUGGAUUCUUCAAACUCGGUAAAACUUCCGUCUUAUUCUGUGCUACAAAACAUCCUCGGUGACUUGGAAGCCCAAAAACAGACUCAGAACUUUGAUAUACUGAACGCUUCAGUUCUACAGCUUUCUCAGCAAUUUGUGCUCAAUGAUAACCAUCCCAUUACUAAUGUGCUUAUUCACUUCUUAUACCGUGCCAAAACAAAUAAGUGUAGCAUUUGUGGCAAACGAUUCGGUAACUCUCAAGAGGAAAGAGAUCUAGAAACAAAACAUCUUGACUGGCAUUUCCGUGUCAAUAAAAGAAUCAAAGGUAUUCAAUCAAACACAACUACUUCUACUAAAGUAAUACAAUCUAGAAAUUGGUACUUGGACGAAACGCAAUGGACCGACUUCAAGGAUGAAGAAAUUAUCGCAACUGAUAUUGACUCUAAUGCUCCUGAGCAACAGCCUACAUUCGAUAAUGCCAAAACUGAUACGUCAGAGGCUAUUUAUACAAAACUUAUGGGCAAAUAUGUUGUCGUUCCGGAUUAUGCUGCAGAUAUGAAAUUCCAAUGUCCUAUUUGCACCGAAGAUAAUUACGGGAAGUAUGAUGAAGAGCUAGGAGAGUGGAUAUGGGGUAACAGCAUCCAGGUUGGGGACAAGUUCUUUCAUGCUACGUGUUACUAUGAGGCUGCAAAAAAUCAACAGUCUAAUGAAUCGUCUUCUCUUCAACAUUUGCAGUUAGAUAUCGGGAUCAUUAAUGCUCUUUUACAAUGA